AUGUCCACCCUGACACAUGUACUACCGUCAAUUGAUUACCUCCUCGCCCACUACAAUAACUCCCUUGAGAAGUAUCAUGAUAAUCCACAGCUCUCUUCAAUGCUUCAGGUUGGACUGCGAAAGUUGGAGAAGUAUUUCAACAAAACAGACUCUGCACCCGCCUAUAUUGCGGCAGUAGUGCUCAAUCCAGCUUGGAAGUGGGAGUAUUUCCAGACCAGAUGGACCCGUGAACAGGUAAUCGCUGCAAGAAGGAGAUUGAAACAGUACUGGGAGACCCUAUAUAAAGAUUUCAGAGAACCAAGGAACCAGAUGCCCGGAGAUUCACCAUAUGCGGCAGGGGACAGAAGUGAUUUUGAUCUAUGGUAUCAGUUAGACUAUGUAGCUGUUGCCACUGGUAUGAAUGAAUACACCCAGUACUGUGCCUGCUCACCUGAGCCCGAUAUCAGUGACCCUAGAAGCUAUUGGAUGUCUGGUAGAUCGCGUACUCUGUUCCCCAAUCUCUCGAGAAUGGCAUUAGAUAUCUUGUCUAUUCCUGCAAUGUCAGCAGAACCUGAACGUCUCUUUUCUGGGCAAAGCAGACGAUUACAGCAAGGCGUAACCGUCUGUGUCAUGAAACUAUUGAGGCGUUAG